GGGGAGAGGUGCGUGGCGGCGUGUGGGGAUGCGGCCGUGCGGUGCCGUGGGCCCUCCUCACGCGUAUCCGUGGCGGCUGCGGGGCCCCGAGGCCUCUCUGCCCCGUGCGGGCCGGGCCGCAGAAUGGCAAAGAAGAAUUUACAAACCAAAGAAGUGAAAGAAGAGAAAAGAAAAAAGCUAAAGCAGCGCGUGACCCCAAAGGAAGAGCUGGGAGGAACUGAGCCAAAGAAAAAGAAACGAAGUGUCCAGGCAGCAGAUGAAGAGGAAGAUCUUACCCCAGAGGAAAGGAGGAAAUUGGAAAGAAAAUUGAAAAAAGAGCGCAAGAAAGAAGAAAAAAAGCUGAUGAGAGAAGCUGGGAUCUCUACUAAGAAAGCAGAACCCAAGAAGCUGUCGGGACCUGAACUGGCUCUGGCCUAUUUAACCAGGAGAUUAUAUAAGUGCUGGAGCAGCUUCCGAGUGUUUUGUCCUGGCCAGCACCCUAAGCAGAGGCAUUGUUGUCUUCCUGAGUUCAAUUGCUGGUCUGAAAACCCAAAGGAAUGGAAGUUUCAGAAGACAAGGCAGACCUGGCUGCUCUCACACAUGUAUGAGAAAGAGAAGGUUCCAGAUGAGUAUUUCACCAUUUUACUGGACUAUCUGCAGGGCCUUAAGGGCAGUGCACGAGACACAACUGUGCAGAAAGCUGAAGCUCUUAUGCAGGAAUUGGAUGGAUCGGAUGCAGAAGACCCAGCCGUGAUGGAGAGGUGUGAGCGCAUACGCCAAGUUCUGCAGCUGCUGUCUUGAGAGUGGUUCUGUGUCUUGGUGCUUGUCUGGUGGAGACAGGCAUUGAAUAUCACGUGCAGACACUUCAAAUUCGUUGUCAAGACAUAUUUUCAUAAUGAAUCUGAAUACUCCAUAUUCUGAAUUUGUACUCGUGUUUUCAGCUACAAAUAUUUAUCAUGUUUUGAGGUGAUGAAGUCAAAAGAGAACACCAUAUACGGUCCAUGGACGUGCUACAUUGAUUAAAAGUAAUCUCACUGCGUAUCUUUAGAAAAAUACAUCUCUCUUUCUUGUUAGGUUUUCUCCAACUCUCCAUCUAAUUACUGUUAAAUAAGAAGAGCUUUGCAGUUCUUAACAAGAGCAGAGCAGCCAACAAAAAGCCUGGAGGUUCCUUUACAAUGGCAGCUUGUAGCAUUAGCAUACAGUGCAGUGCUUGCUCAGCCAGCUGUAGUCUAUCACUUUCAGCUUCAGAAGUGUGUCAUUUGGAUUUGGGAAACAUCACUUUCAGUCUGUUGAGCCCGGGUUGUAUAACACAGUUGCUUAUUAGUACUUCACGCGGUAAUCUGGAGAUACCAUCAGCUUUGUUAGUUUUCCUUGUAUAUUUCAAAGGUUUCCAAUGCUUUGCAGCAAUUGUUUAGAUGUUCAGAUAAUGUGCAGAUGGGAACAGCUCAGAUCUUUUGACCAUAUGUAGGGAAAUCAUCUGAUUGUACCCAAACUCUCCCUGUGAUGAGAAGUGCUGCACAGCAACACUUUGAGUGCUGCGUGCCAAUGCUGCCUUUUCAUUUUGCUCUGUAGUUGGUGUCCAGAAGAGUAAAUUUGCGUUCAUUUGCUUUGACGUGGGGCAUUUGUCUCUUAUGAGUGUGCUAAAAGGGGGCUUUCAAGUAAAAACCGAAGGCAUCAAUCACUCAAAAGUUGCAUUAUUGGCUUAUUAUUUAAUAACACUUGCAUUCAGACUGUGUUCUUGACCUGAUUCUUUAAUCUUUCUGCAAAUAUUGUUCAUACUGUAUUACCAACAGCUUUAUCAAAUGCAUGUUUUAGAAGA